CACCUUAAGGUGCGAUUCCGCACAACGCUGCAGACGGCAGGCGGCAGCAGCAGACGGCUGACGUCACUUGCUGUCGGACUUCAAUUGCCGUCGUAUCUAUUCCGAAACCGGCAGCAGUUACAUCGCGGCAUUAUUGAGUUGUGGUUGUGUCUCUGUGAAUCUGAGCUAUGAAUAAUCAAUUGCUGCAAAUUUUAAUGGAAGAAGAAGAAGACGACGAUGACUUGUUAUUAUUGUAUUACUCAAGCAGUAGACCUAUACUCCCAUUCUACAGAAAUAGGCUAGAAGAAGGCUCUUAUGAAACUUUGAUAAAGAGACACUUGAAUAUCAGUGAAGAACUUUUCAGGAGUUAUUGCCGGCUAAAUAAAAAUCAGUUUAAUUUUGUACUUUCUUUAAUUUACGACGAUCUUAAACCAAAAACACUGAAGAACACAAUAACGCCAGAAGAAAAAUUAUUUAUAACGCUGAGAUUCAUGGCAACAGGAGAAAGUUAUGCUUCCUUAUCAUUUCAAUAUCGUAUAUCAAGGUCAUAUAUAUCAAGAAUGGUAAAACGAGUAUUACAUUUGCUUCGACUUAAACUUGUUGCAAUUUGUAUGCCUCCCCCUACUAAAAACGAUUUUCAAAGAAUUGAAAGAGAAUUUUGGGAUAAAUGGAACAUGCCAAAUUGUGUCGGAAGCAUCGAUGGCAAACAUAUUCGUAUAAGAGCACCGCAGCACAGUGGAUCUCUUUUUUUCAACUACAAAGAAUACUUCUCUAUAGUGUUGUUAGCAAUAGCCGACUCAAACUACAAAUUCAUUGCAGUUGAUGUGGGGUCAUAUGGGAAAGAAGGAGACAGUAAUAUAUUUAAAAAGUCAGAAGUGGGAAAAAAAAUACAAAAUAAUACAUUCAAUUUUCCAGAACCAAAAAAAUUGCCUGGAACAAAUGAUAUUUUGCCACAUUUCUUAAUUGGAGAUGAGGCUUUUGCUCUCGAUACAUUUAUGAUGAAGCCAUAUUCUCAAAGAAUUGCGAGACAUGACAAGUAG